CCGUCGGCGCCGGCAGUGCUGCCCCGGACCGCGCCACAGACGGACGACGCGACUCGCGGCUAUCGUAGCGCCCCUCCGGAUUUCGAAACAGUCGAGUGUCAGUGAUAACUUAGAUACGGAUUCGCCAAUCGCGAGCGUCGACGCUCGUCUUGAUAAGAAGCUAGUCGAGUGUGGAAUCGAAAAAUUUUAGAGUCAAACACGGGAUUCUGUUUCUAUAAUUACAUUACCCUUAGUGUGAGUGAGUGCGAUGAGGCCGAAGGACGAAACGGACGCAAAAGUCCAGACGGGGACUUUCAUCCUGUCGGAAAAGAUCGACGACACCAAGUCGAGGAAGAACGAGAAGGAUUUGAAGAAGGAGAUGAAACGCUUGGAGAAGGAAAAGCAGGAGCGCGAAAAGCGCGACAAAAAGGCUCGCGAAAAGGAAAAGGAACGUGAGAAACAAGCUAAGAAAGGCAAGGUGGUGUGCGGCGCGUGCGGCGGCAAAUGCAGCGGAGAGGUGCUACGUGUGUCAGACAAAUACUUCCACACGGCGUGCUUCACGUGCCGCUCGUGCGCGGCGUCGCUCGCCAAAGGGGGCUUCUUCUGCAAGGACGGCCACUACUACUGCCCGCAGGAUUACCAGCGCGCUUUCGGCACGAGAUGCGCGGCGUGUGGACAGUACGUGGAAGGAGAAGUGGUCUCCGCGCUCGGGAACACCUACCACCAGAAAUGCUUCACAUGCGCGAGAUGCAAACGCGCGUUCCCAUCGGGCGAGAAGGUGACGUACACGGGCGCGGAGGUGGUGUGCUCGUCGUGCGUGGCCGCGCCGGUGCAGCGGCAGACGGCGCGCGCCGCCGCCUCGCCCUCCCCCGCCCCCGCGCCCGCCCCGCCCACCCGCGCGCGCGCCGACACCGCGCCGCGCCAGCCGCGCCCCGCCUCCGCCGACCGCGUCGACCGCGCCGACCCCGACCGCGUCCUAGACCAGAACGAGUGCGCGGGCUGCGGACAGGAGUUGUCUGAAGGACAGGCGUUGGUGGCGUUAGACAGACAAUGGCACACUUGGUGUUUCUCGUGCGGCGCGUGCGGCUGCGUGCUGCAGGGCGAGUACAUGGGCCGCGGCGGCGCGCCCUACUGCGAGCGCGACUACCAGCGCUUGUUCGGCGUGCGCUGCGCGUACUGCAACCGGUACAUCGCGGGCAAGGUGCUACAAGCGGGCGAAAACCACCACUUCCACCCGACUUGCGCGCGCUGCUCCAAAUGUGGCGACCCGUUCGGAGACGGCGAGGAAAUGUUCCUUCAGGGCGCAGCAAUUUGGCACCCUCGGUGCGGCCCCGCGCCGCGGGACCCCGCCGACCCCGACCACGACCCUGAACGAACUUCUUCUGAGCUACAGUUCUCGCUGCGCUCGCGCACGCCCAGCGUCAACGGUUCCUACUGCAGCCCCUACAGUAGCCUGACCAGGAAGUACGGCUCCCGCGCGGUAUCGCCGGGACUAAUCCUCCGCGAGUACCGCGGCGCGGGCACGCUGUCCCCGGCCAGGAUCACUACCUACAGCUACCUGGCGGGCGAGCCCGGCUACCUGCGCCGGCCGCUGCAGCCUUACGACCGCGCGCCCGCCUCGCCGCACUUCCACCGCCCGCCGUCGAGUGCAAGCACUCGAGCCAGCAGUCGCGCCGGCAGCAAGGCCUCCUCCCGGCCAGGGAUGAGGGUGCUGGUGGACUCCAUACGCAGCGAGACCCCGAGGCCCAAGUCCCCUCACAUGAACAACGAGGAGCCCAUCGAGUUGUCGCACUACCCCGCGGCGUUCAAGCCGCCUCCCGGCACGCAGCCUAAAAUAGAAAGAGACGACUUCCCCGCACCGCCCUACCCUUAUACCGACCCAGAGAGGAGACGUCGCUGGUCAGACACGUACAAAGGCGUUCCUGACAGCGACGAGGAGGAGACCAAGGUGAACGGCGUCAACGGCCACGGGCCGGAGGGGAGAAAUGGCGGACAGGAGCCGCGCGACCCGCAGCUGCGCAGGGAACACCAGGAGCUCGCUAAAAUUGACUCUGGCAUCGCACAGGUUUUUCUGAAAGAAGUUAAAGAGCGGGAAAAGAUGCAACAGUGGAAGAGACAAAAUUUAGAUCCUCGAAACGCAAGCAGGACGCCGAGCGCCAGUCGCGAGCCGCCGCUGCGGCUGCGCUACUCGUCGCCCGUCGGCGCCUCGCCGUCGCGCCAGCUCGACCACGCGCGCCCCGACUGCGAGCCCUACUACACGCACACCUCGCACUCGCACAUACCCAGCUACAACGUAAUGCACGCGGCGCCGCGGCCCGGCUACGGCCUGCGCUCCAACACGCUGCCCGCCACCAACGGACAUGGCGACUUCACAUUCAGCGGCAUGGGCGACAAGACGCAUAGCACAGACUUCUCCAGCGGCAAGUCAGACAUUUCUGCCGGUUCCAUUACUGACGUGGACAGAAGUGCUAUGUACACGCACCCGGGGCACGGGCACGGGCACGGCGCCGCGCACUCGCACUCGGGCGCGGCGGCGGCGCGAGGCGGCGGCGUGCGGCGCUCGCUGCCCAACAUGGCCACCGGGCACCUGCUGCACGAGCCCGCCAAGCUGUACCCCUACCACCUGCUGCUCAUCACCAACUACCGCCUGCCGCCCGACGUCGACCGCCUCAACCUAGAGAGGCACCUGUCGGACGUGGAGUUCGAGGCGUUCCUGCAGUGCGGCCGGCAGGAGUUCUACCGCCUGCCGCAGUGGCGCCGCCACGAACUCAAGCGGCGCGCCAGGCUCUUCUAAACGCGCAUUCUGUACACUCUCACAACGUUGCUCCAGUCGCCGCGUG